UCACCAACAGGAAUUCACAUUUUUCCACGGAUAACUACUGUUGAGGUCAGUGAUGAUGGCAGCAUUAAGAGAUCGAUGAGAUUUGGAUUUGAUGGAAAGGACUUUAUCAGUUUAGAACCAGACAGAAUGAGAUAGAUCGCAUACAAUCCCAUUGCAGUGAUGACUAAAGAGAAAUGGGAUAUUGAUGAAUCCUGGAACAAUUACUGGAAAAGAAAUCUGGAAGAAGUAACUGUAGAAAUGUUAAAGAGAUAUCUGGAAGCUGGAAAAGAUUAUUUCAAAAGGAAAGUUCAGCCUGAAGUGUUCAUCUCCAGGAGGGAGCCCAAUGGUCAGGACAAGCCGCUCACUCUCUCCUGCCUGGUCACUGGGUUUUAUCCUGCAGACAUCGAGGUGACCUGGCUAAGGAAUGGAGAGGUCAUGUCUGAGACCCAAUCCUCGGGGGUUCGACCGAACCACGAUGGGACCCAUCAGAUCCAGAAAGAGAUUGAGAUCAAUGCUGGGGAUGAGGAUCAAUCCUGUCACAUUGAACACAGCAGUCUGGCAGAGGCCCAACUCUAUCAGUGGGAAAUCCAACAAAACAGUGUGGAACGUUCCCAUUGUGUACUUUUGAUUGGAUUAGUCUCUGCAAUGGCUGCAAUAUUUGGAAUAAUCAUCUGGAAAAAGCCCUGGAGAGGUUCACCAAGUGGGACCUACACAACAGCUCCCAGUAAGUGACUGAGGGGACAGAGUGUUGGGAAUGAUGGGAGAGGGAUUGGAAGGUGUAGAGUUACAUUCUCCUGGAU